AACUUUUUCCCCAACACGUGUAGGCCUAGUUCAGAAAUCUCUACCAGACGAAGGAGAACGUGUGUGAUUAACUCAUUUCGUUCACUGUAAAGGUGGCCUGACCACGAGUACGAAGCUGAUUUGUAAUUCAAUUCACGAGGGUGGCCACAAGCACAAGAAAAAGGGGAAGUAACUCUGCGUCAUGGAGACACAGGCAACAGUCUGGCAGUGGAGACCCCAGAAGAGGUCACGUGAUGUGCGAGACCAGUUCUUUGAGGACGGAGACCGAUUCUGUUGUUAUUCAGUCAAACAGCUGCCCCUUGAGACAGACACCAUUGACUGCAGGAGGAUACCUCAGUUCCCCUGCAGUAUUGCUGGAUGUCCCGAGACCUUUGAUACCCUUCUUGGGUAUGAGAGUCACUACAACAGCGUCCACCGUCACACGUGCAGCGAGUGUCGACGCUCCUAUCCUUCCAAUCACUUGCUGGAGAUACACCUGAGAGAAUCCCAUGAUCCUCUCUUUUCACUCCAAUCUGGGGACAAGUUUGUGUGUCUGGUUCAAGGAUGUGGGCAGACAUUCAGUGCCCCGAAGAGCCGGAAGAACCACAUGGUCAAGAAGCACAAGUACCCUGCCAACUACAGAUUUGAUAGAGCCAAACCAGGAAAGGCAGCUGUGAGGCAGAGUGAGGCGGGGGGUGACAUGGUAGCUGCAUGUCCGAGUGAGGCCGGGGGUGACAUGGUAGCUGAUAGGCAGAGUGAGGCCGGGGAUGACAUGGCUGCUGAUAGGCAGAGUGAGGCAGGAGACAUGGAGGUGGCGGAGAAGGAGAACAUUCCCCAGGAGGGCACUGCCCGACGUGUGUUCAGUUACAAAGUGCCUCAGAAUAUAUGUUUCGGUCAUGGAUCUACGCGGAGCUUCCAGAGACCUCGGGGGCGCCGGAAACCCAAACAUUGGCACCAGUCCAACAUGGAGACGGACACAACAGUUCACAUUGAGAAUGUGGACAUGGGAGAACUGAAAGAUGCACUAGAAUAAGGAAUAUCGUAAACACAUCUCUAUGUUAAAUUUUGGCUUCAUUGCUAUGCCACCAGUUGUGAAGCUUGUGGUCACUCCCCGGCAUGGUCAGUGCCCGGUGUCGCCUUCUCUCAGGCGCUGAUGGACAAUGAAGAAAUAGCCAUACAUUGUAUACACCGUAUCUGAAAAUAGCCAUGGGCAGGUGAACCAACAAUUUGACUUCCCAAGAUGAUAGUUUAGUGUGGAUGGUGAUAGCACCCAAUAUUACAGGUGUGAGAUGAACUUCAAAAGUGUCGGAUAAAUAAUUAUGAAGAUUUUAUUUCAGGAAAGAAAAAUGAAUGCCA